CUCCGCGCUUCCUUCCACCUAUCGAUCAAAGGCGUUCCAGAGACUGAUAGUUCUUUUCCAGACUCUCUACCAUUCCCCUUGGGUCACAGAGAUAGAAGAAAAAAUGGAGGGAGAUUGAAUGAUCGUGUCUCUUCGGGAGAAGAAAGACAAUGGAAGCAGAGAUGUGCUUCGAGUGUCUCCAGCGCCGAAUCGAGUCAGAUUUCUCUGACCGGCUCGUUUUCUCCUAUGGAUUCUCUGACUCCCACUCCGCUCUCCCUCUCGGCUCUUCUGUCGUUGUUCAGAUGUCUAAUCCAAAUGGUGACGGCUCAGCUAAUCAGUUUAUCUUGGUUUAUAUUCCAACUCAUUACCGUAAUUGCAUGACCAAAUACGUAAAUGAAUAUAUUGAAGAAAAUCUUCAAGAAAGUUAUAGUAAUUGUGGGAUUGAUAAUUUUAGUCAAGAUCGAGCGGAUGUCGCCAUACCAGAAACUCCGAGUGAUAAAACAAUUUCCGAUAGUUCUACAUGUAACCAUUCUGCUAGGUUCUCUUGCUCAAGGAUAAUCACUGCGUUGGCCUCUAUUGCUCAAGUUGGGAUUUGUUCCUACUCUGUUUUUGAAGAGGUUGUUGCCAACUAUCUGUCUGGGUCUCUGGAAGAUCACAUUUUGUGUUCACUUAGUCUCUUGGUUGAAGGGAAAGCUUCAGGGCGAGACAGCAUAAAUUUUCUUGGUUUACUUGGGAUACCAUCAUUUCAGGAGAAUAACUUUCCUGGUUCCCUGAGGCAUCCAAAUAUAGCUCCUGUUCUUGCAAUUCUCAAGACAUCUGGCUAUACUAAUUUGGUGCUUCCAAGAGCACCUUACACCUUGGAAAACAUUCUCCACUAUAGUCCAAAUGCUUUAAAGUCUGAGUGGCAUAUAAAGUUCUUAAUAUAUCAGAUACUCUCUGCCCUGGCUUACAUUCAUGGUUUAGGGGUUGCCCAUGGUUAUAUAUGCCCAUCCAGUAUAAUGUUGACUGAUUCGUGCUGGUCUUGGCUGCGGGUUUGUGAUAAGCCAUGGUUAGGAUUCAAUUGUAGUACAAGACAUAAUGGGCACACUGAUGCUACCCCUGCAAAGAUAGGUUGCUGCAUAGAGGGUUGUCCAUCUCAAUGUCUUUAUGCUGAUUUGAAGCUUUCAUCGUCUAUAGACUGGCAUUCUGAUUUUAAACGGUGGUGGAGGGGAGAGAUGAGUAAUUUUGAUUACCUGCUCAUCUUAAAUAGAUUAGCUGGGAGAAUAUGGGGUGACCAUACCUUUCAUACGGUGAUGCCAUGGGUGAUAGAUUUUAGCACAAAACCUGACGAGAAUUGUGAUGCAGGGUGGAGGGAUUUAAGUAGGAGCAAAUGGCGGUUGGCAAAAGGGGAUGAGCAGUUGGAUUUCACCUAUUCAACAUCUGAAAUCCCCCACCAUGUAUCAGAUGAAUGCCUUUCUGAAUUGGCUGUGUGCAGUUACAAAGCAAGGAGGCUACCUUUGAGUGUUCUACGUACAGCUGUUCGUUCAGUAUAUGAACCCAACGAGUAUCCUUCUACUAUGCAAAGACUCUACCAAUGGACCCCUGAUGAAUGCAUUCCAGAGUUUUUUUGUGAUCCUCAAAUUUUUAGUUCUCUUCAUGCUGGUAUGACUGAUUUGUCAGUACCUUCAUGGGCAGGUAGUCCUCAAGAGUUCAUUAAGUUACAUCGUGAUGCUUUAGAAAGUGACCGGGUCUCACGCCAAAUCCAUCAUUGGAUUGAUAUCACCUUUGGGUACAAAAUGUCAGGUCAGGCAGCCAUUGCUGCCAAAAAUGUUAUGCUGUCUUCUUCAGAUCCCACAAAGCCAAGGUCAGUGGGACGCCGACAGCUCUUUACUCGACCACACCCUAUGCGUCAAGAUACUGCCAGGAGAACAUGUGAUGGUGCCAAUGGCUUGACUAUGCAUCAAUGCCGAUCAAAUGAAUUGGAGAGUGAGGAAUCUCUCCUCUUUGAAACUGCUUACUUACAAGAACUGGAAGAAGCGUCUGCUUUUGCUGAACAUGCCAGGCAUUUGGGUGCUCCUUAUGGCUUCCACCAAGAAUAUUCUGGGAAGGAUGUCUCUCCUGCAGAGGAGCCACCAGGUGAGAGUUCCAAGGGAAGUAUGUCUAUGCUCUCUGACAUUGUCAGAAACAAUGGAGUGCCUUUUGGUAUUGAUGUGAAUUAUCUUCUUGAGCAUAUUGAAGUUGAGGGUGAAGGUUCCAUGGGAUAUCAAGAUUUCUUACUCUGGAGGCAGAGGUCAUCUUGUAUGAGUAUUUUUUCUGAAGAUGCUGCAAAAGACAUAUUCUCUGUAGGUUGUGUUUUGGCAGAACUGUUUUUGAGGAAGCCACUUUUUGAUUCAACUUCACUGGCUAUGUACUUGGAGAGUGGCAUAUUACCUGAAUUGAUGCAGGAACUUCCUCCUCACACUAAAGUAGUUGUUGAAGCAUGCAUUCAGAAGGACUGGAUGAGGAGGCCAUCUGCUAAAAGUCUUUUAGAUUCACCUUAUUUUCCUGCAACCAUUAAGUCAUCAUACUUGUUUCUUUCUCCACUUCAACUUCUUGCUAAAGAUGUCUCCCGUCUUCAUUAUGCUGCGAGUUUUGCAAAGCAAGGAGCCCUAAAAAAAAUGGGAACAUUAGCAGCUGAAAUGUGUGCUCCAUACUGCUUACCGAUAGUAUUGACUCCUUUGUCGGAUGCUGAAGCUGAAUGGGCUUAUAUAUUGCUGAAAGAAUUCAUAAAAUGCUUGAAUUCAAAAGCAGUGAAGGCAUUGGUCUUGCCUGCUAUUCAAAAGAUUUUACAGACUACAGGUUAUUCUCAUCUGAAGGUAUCAAUUCUCCAAGAUUCAUUUGUGCGAGAGAUAUGGAAUCGAGUUGGUAAACAAGCAUAUCUUGAAACUAUACAUCCUUUGGUCAUAUCAAACUUGCAUGUUGCUCCUCAUAAGCGUUCAGCGGCUGCUGCUUCCGUGCUGCUGAUUGGUUCUAGUGAAGAGCUUGGAGUACCCGUUACAAUUCAUCAGACAAUCUUGCCUCUGAUUCAAUGCUUUGGGAAAGGCCUCUGUGCUGAUGGAGUUGAUGUCCUGGUUAGAAUUGGUGGCCUUUUAGGCGAGGUUUUUAUUGUCAAACAGCUGCUACCAUUGCUUAAACAUGUUAUUCAUACCUGCAUUGAAGUCUCAUAUGUGAAGAAGCCUGAGCCUGUCCAGAGCUGGAGUGCUUUAGCUCUUAUUGAUUGUCUUAUGACAUUAGAUGGCCUGGUUUUAUACAUGUCAAGGGAGAUGGUCGUAAAGGAGCUAAUUGAUGAUCGGAGUUGCCUUCAUGUUAUGAUUCUUAUGCAGAAGAGUUUGGAAUUUGCAGUGCUUCAGGUUGCUGCUACGACUCUCAUGGCUGUUUGUCAGCGGAUUGGACCAGAUUUGACGGCAUUGCAUGUUCUGCCUCAGCUUAAAGAGCUAUUUGAUGAGCUUGCUUUCUCACGUGAAAUUAGUGAAGGGCCUGCUCCUCUUGUGAGAAGAAGCUCGAAGGUCUAUAAACCCAAAAUUGAUGGGGAGGCUCAAAUCGAAAGCCGUAUGGACCUAGCGUUGAUUCUGUAUCCUUCUUUUGCAUCUCUUCUUGGUAUAGAGAAACUUCGACAGGGUUGUGCAACAUGGUUGCUUCUUGAGCAAUAUCUUCUACGGUCUCGUAAUUGGAAGUGGGAAUAUACAGGAGAGUUGUCUAGAAGUGGCUUGGAAAGUGUAAUCCUUAAGAGACCUCUGUUCAGCAAAGGCUUGACAUCAGAAUACAAUCCUGCUAAGCUGUUACUUAAUGGGGUUGGAUGGUCAAUUCCACAAUCGCAAGGAGUUAGAGGUGCCAAAAACUUGAUUCCACAGAGAUGGAUUAAUGAAGUACGUAAGAAUCCAGUUGAAAUUGAUGCAUCAACAUCAAACCUUGUGAAGCUCGAGCCAUGGUUUUGGUUCCCUAGCCCAGCUUCUUGCUGGGAUGGGCCUGAUUUUCUUGGGCGUGUAGGGGGUCUAAAAGAUGAACUUCCAUGGAAGAUCAGAGCAUCUGUUAUAUACUCGGUCCGUGCACAUCAGGGGGCAUUAAGAUCUCUAGCUGUUUGCCAAGAUGAAUGUACGGUCUUCACUGCAGGAAUUGGCCCAGGAUUCAGGGGAACUAUUCAGAAAUGGGACCUGACGAGAAUUAAUUGUGUGUCUGGCUAUUAUGGUCAUGACGAGGUUGUUAACGACGUCUGUGUCUUGUCGUCUAGUGGAAGAGUUGCAUCAAGUGAUGGAACUAUACAUGUUUGGAAUAGCCGAACUGGGAAACUAAUAUCAGUAUUUGCUGAACCCUCGGUGGAUUUCACACAUCUUGCAAGCCCUUUGUCUCCUGUUUCAAAGAUUAAUGUUGAACAGGCCAAUAUGCUUAAUUCCAAUACACUAUCAAGUGGGAUAUUGACUAGUGCCUUUGAUGGGAGCUUGUAUACUUGUAUGCAUCAAUUAGAAUCUAUUGAAAUGCUUGCAGCCGGCACUGGAAAUGGUUCUCUCAGGUUCAUUGAUAUUUCCCGGGGUCAAAUGCUUCAUCUGUGGAGGGGUGAUUCUGUUGAAUCUGGUUUCCCUUCUCUUAUUUCUGCAUUAUGCUCCUGUGGGUCUGACACCACACAAGCUUGUGGAACUCGUGCUUCACCGUCUUGGAUUGCUGCCGGUCUAAGUACUGGUCAUUGUCGGUUAUUUGACUUGAGGAGUGGAAAUGUUAUUACCUCAUGGCGAGCUCAUGACGGAUAUGUGACAAAGUUGGCUGCACCAGAGGACCAUUUGCUCAUUUCAAGCUCUCAUGACAGGACUUUACGAAUCUGGGACUUAAGAAGAAAUUGGCCACCUCAGGCUACUAUUUUCAAAGGUCACACAGAUGGGGUGUCCAGCUUCUCUUUGUGGGGCCAAGAUGUUAUAACGAUCUCCAGGAAUAGGAUUGGUCUUACAUCUUUAUCUAAAUCUGCUGAUGAGGAUGGGCAUCUUCGGAUCAUGCCUCAGAAACUCUACUUGGCGGAUAAUGGAACAAAAAACUUAUCGAUGUUAUCGAGUAUAAGUAUUCUUCCCUUCUCGCGGCUGUUUCUUGUUGGAACUGAAGAUGGUUAUCUGAGAAUCUGUUGUUAGAUACAUGGUCGAUGCUUCCAAGAAGAAAGAAAAAAAAUCAGCUUCAUAUUUGAUACAAUAGGCUCUGGAAUAGGGAUUCAAGUUUGCAAUUUACAGCAUGCUAGGUGUAUAUACUCUCUCUCCUCUUACAGUUUUACCCCCCGGCCAGGUGAGUCAUUUACAGUAGUAGGAAGAAGUCUUUAGGGGAGUGGGAGUGGCUGCAAAAGAUCUUAAUCUGAGAUUGUGUGGGUUUUGUGUGAUCUAUGAAAAUGAUUCUUCUUGUUCGAUUCAAGUAAAAUGUAAGAUUUUUGUUUAGUCAUCUCUCAGGUCUCUUCCGAUUUAAUGUGCACAUGACUUAAUUCAAACGAAUUCUUUCAUUUGUGGGGUUGUUUAGUACUCUGCGAUUUGAUUUAUUUAGAAAUGGGAUGGAUUCCUUGUUAA